AACUGUUAGAAGGUGGUGGCGACAGUGGUGAUGAUAUUUGGGUGAGCUAAGUGCUCACGCGGACAGGACUGUAACUACGCCACUAGAACAAGUCACGGCUGGUGUUGAGAUCAGAUAGAGGUGGUGGUUCUGUGGCACUAAACGGCUGGACUGGACUAAACUGGACGACUACUGAGGAGUGGAGAUGUUGGUUCUGAGGAUGAUGGUGCUGCUGGGGUUGGUCUGGGUGUGUCAAGGUGCAUCUGGUGAUCCGUGGGGACAGUGUCCAGUUACCAGGCGGUGUAAGAACAAAUUCGGCGAUGGCUUGUGUGACAAGGAGUGUAUAGAAGCUGAGUGUCUCAGAGACGGUUUUGACUGUCUGACGGAGAGAGGCCACUGCAAUCCAGGCCACAUUCAGUACUGCCGUGAUCACUAUGCCAACUCCCACUGUGAGCAGGGAUGUGACAGCGCCCCCUGUGGAUGGGACGGUAGUGACUGCUUCAUACACCAAAGCCCCCUUUGGGCUAAAGGCACCCUGGUCGUCCAUACCCACAUCUCACUACAGCGUGGCACCUUCUCCAACAGUUCCCUGCUCUGGGCUCUCAGUGUCCUCCUCCAGUCUCCACUCAAACUGAGAGGUGCCGCCCCCCUCGCCACGAACAGGAACCUAGUCACCUUUGACCAUCAACAGCUCACUGACCUACUGGCUAAGGAGUCACCGGCUGAAUCAAAUGGCUCUGUCCUUUUCCUUCAAGUGGACAACAGACCGUGCUCGCGCCUGCCCUCUACCUGUUUUGCUUCUGCCACUGAGGCGAGCAACUUUCUGCGUGCAGUAAUGCUGUUGAAGCCGGCGUCACUACCCUCGCUCCGAGAGCUCAAUGCUGUCAUUAAUGUCAAAGGUCUGCGAGAGGAAAUAGGAAACAGAAAGGAGGAAACAAUUUUGAAAACGGAAGUCAAAGAGCCUACCCCUGCGUGGCUAUGGGCUGUGGUUGCUAUAGCGAUAGGCCUGGUGCUGGUGCUGGUCCUGGUGGUGCUCUUCGUGAUGAGGAGGGUGAGACAGCAGCAGGCGGAGAGAGAGAGCAGUAACAGGGUGAGACACCGCUCCACUGCCACCGAUCACAACAGCAACUCCAAGACGUGGACACAGCCCACAGCACAGCAAGAACAGAGAGUCCGAUCCAGCAGGGACAAGGACAGGAUCGGCCUGAGGAAAAAGAAAAAAGCAAAGGAAGCAGAGAAAAAGAGGAGGAGGGAACCUCUGGGUGAAGACGCCGUUCGAAUGAGACCUCUUAAAAGGGACCAGGAUAUAGGAAGUGACACUGAUUUUACCCAGAGUUCACUGGAAGACAUAAACGUAAGGUGCUCGAGGCGACAGGAGGACCCAUCGAUCUGUGACCACCGGACCCAGGAGCAGAGACACUAUCGGGCCGGACCCUCACAGUCCCGCAGACCCAUACAGUCACCACCUAGAGGAUGGGAGAGAAACACCAUGUCUCCACCGCUUCUCAGUCCUCCUCAGCAGUCAGCAGAGUGGUGCGGCCCAGAUGGGUCUGUGGUUCUGAUCCGAGCAGUACGAAGUGGACUGGACAGAGUGGUGCUGGAGCUGCUACGAGCGGGUGUACCUGUUAAUAACACUGAUCAUACUGGGAGGUCGGCCCUGCACUGGGCGUGCUCAGUAAACCACUUGUCCCUGACAAGGACCCUCAUUCGCUACGGGGCCGCCGUGGAUCUGCAAGACAACAAGGGCGAGACAGCACUUUUUAUUUCCGCACUCCACGGUGGCUACGACACCGCCAGACUUCUUCUGCUGCACGGUGCCAAUCUCGAGCUGCCUGACCGUAGAGGACGUCGCCCAAUUGAUAUGGCAAGAGAAGGCAUGCAUCACCAGGUGCUGGAGCUCUUACUGUCUCACCAAAUUCAGCGAGAACCUCUUCCCAUUGAGUCGGCCAAUGACAUACUGUGGGAGGAGCGUGCGCUGAUGUACUCACCGUGGAUCGGAUCACAAGGCCUGCCUGGUAGGAGCGCCUCCUUCUCUGGGAUCAUAGCACAUCGAGAUAUGUCCCCACCGCCUCAAAGUGACUGGUCCAUGGGACGCGUGCAGUACCCCUCACCUCAAAACUGGCGCCCACAGGUUAACCAAUCAACAACAGCGCUGGUGCCUCCAAGGGUUAUGGGUCGCUCACCACGACCAAUCAGCACCUUACAGGAGGUUACAUCAGAAGACGAGGAUCGUGAAAGACAUCAAGAGGUCCCCAGAGCCAUAACACCUCACUUCCUGUCACCCCAACCUGCUCCAAGGCAGCGUUCCUUUUCCUGCACCCAGCAUGCAUUGCAGCGCCGCACCAGUGCCCACCAGUUAGAGCCCAAUUAUCUCAUUGUCACAGACAAAACAGCCAACGAGCCUGUAGACAGAGCAACUGUUUCGCCUCCCUCAGAUGCUGCUGCCCGGUCGGAUUGUGAGCCAGUUGCAAACACCGAUAAUCUCAAUAGAGCAGAACAAGCGACAGCGAGUCCCACAAAUUCAGAGCAGAAAUCCAGAAGUGAGAGGCCAAAUAAUCCUGCUGACUCCACACAAACAGCCCUGUAGAGGAGAGAAAUGAGCAACUGAUGCUCAGCUGCCUUUGCAUUUGAUUGACAAGGAAACUGUCAAUCAAAAAGACAGUUUACAAUGCUUUUAUAAAACUGCUAUCACAGAACAGUACUGAGUUACACCAC